GAGUACUUCCUUCCUCCYUGAUGGAGUAAUAUUCCUGUCCCUCAUGUCUCUCCCAGGUGWCCCUUCAGAAGCAGGCYUUGGAGAGGGAUGUAGACGCUCUGAAAGAGAAAGUCAAAUGGACUGAGGGGGAACUGAAGGAGAGCCAGAAGAAAGAGGCCCAAACACAAACCAAACUAACGGAGACGGUGCGUGAGAGGGAGGGGUUGAAUGUAACUCUGGAGCAGAACAGGAGGAGAGAGAGGGGACUGGAGGAGGAGGUGAAGAAUCUGACUGAGGAUCUGGCUGAGGCCCUCCGACGCGUCAAAGAACUAGAAGACCAGAAGACAGUCCAGCCCUCUGCUGCUCCAAUGACUCCAGUUCCGUUUAGCCCUGCAGGACAGAGCUUUUCCCCAGUCUCACCACCACGACAUGGCCGCCACGCCCCACACACACCCUCGGCUCAGACCAACAGACCUGCCAGAGAGGAGCGAGCGAGGGAGGGAGAGGAGAGAGGGAAUGAGGAACGGAGAGCAAAGUACCCCACAGAGAGAGAACCUGGAGAGGGCAUUGACUCAGAACACAUCACUGCGUUUGGAUCCACAGACACUGAAAAACGACAGAGGGCAGGAGGGAGGGGGGAGGAGAGGAAACGAGAGAAUGAGAGAAAAGACGAGGCAGAGUCCGUAGUCGAUGGCUGCAUCCCUGGAAAGGAAGCAUCCACCAAGGACAAAAACAUACUCAACACACCGAGCUCUCUUUCUCCAGAAAGUCCCCACCUCACCAGCUCCGCUAGCUCCGACACAGACUACGAGAGCGAGACCCUGUCCAGCCACUCCAAACCCCGAGCCCAGUCCACCAGGGCUGAGGGAGACCUACAGAGGGAGAACAGAGAGCUGCGUUCAGAGCUGCAGGACGUUAAGGAUGAGUUACAAAGGAGACUGGAGGAUCUGGAGACCCAGCGCAGAGCGGAGGCCGAGGCCCGGACCAGGCUCAAGCUGCUCAGCCGCAAACACGCCUCCCAAGCCAAGACCUCCAGAGAGACGGAGGAGGAGGAGGAGGAGAGGGCCGAGAUGGGGAGGUUGAAGGAGGCACUGGCUGAACUUGAGAUAAAGGUCAGGACAGAUGCAGAGGACAGGGAGAGAGUGGAGGAAAAGAAAGGGAGGGAGAGAGAGGACCGGGAGUCUGAAAGCAUGCUGCUGAAUCUCCAGCUAAAGAAGCAGCUGGCUGAGUUGAAGACUGAGCUCUUGAUAGAACAGGAGGAGAGAGAAAGGGAAAAGGAGGAGGAGAGGAAGAGAUUGAAAAACAAAGGGAUCGAAGGAACGAUUGAACUUACUGUGAAGCUGGAAGAGCUCCAGGCAGAGUUGGAGGAGCUGAAGAACCGUGGAGGUCUUGAAAGGAAGAACAUGGUAGAUAAAAACACCCCUCUGACAUAUCUCACCAUGCACCGUGACAUCCCCUCUAACUCCAACAACAACACUGUUGUCCCUGACAACAAGCUACUACCAUCUCCAGACCAGCACCAUCUCCUGUGUGAGUCCACCACUGUUGUCCCGCAGGCAACAACAGCUGAUCUGAUCCGGGAAGAAGGAACUCUGAACAAAGCGCCAGAACUCUCCAGACCUAUUGGUGAGGGAGAGACCAUUGUGGAAGCUCAGAGGGGUAUGUCUGCCUCUGAGCUGGGUGAAACCACUGUGGAAGCCGAGAAAUMGAUUUCUUCCUCCGACCAGGGAGAGACCAAUAAAGACACUCUGAGAGAUGUAUCUCCCUCAGACAUGGAGAAAACCCCACUGGCGCUCCAGAGUGCAGGCUUCUCUGCCUCAGAGCUAGCCCAGGAGGUGGAGCGUCUGCGGGGGGAGAGUGCCAGGGAGGCUGGGCGAGCCAUACACUCCCAGGCCAAGCUGGAGGCUUUACAGAGCCAGGUGACCAGGCAAACCCAGCAGCUGACCCUGGCCUUCGACCACCAGAGCAGACACAUCCAGGACCUGCUGGCAGAGCUGCAGGAGAAGGAGGGCGGUCUUCUCAGCCAGGGAAAGGAACUGCAGCGCUGCAGAGAUGAACUGGCCAUGCUCAGACAGGGGAGGGAGAGACCGGAGAUGGAGAAAGAGAGAAGGGAGGAGGAGAGAGAGAGACGUGAGGAAGAGAGACAGAAGGAGGUAGAGGAGGAGAUAAAGGACAGUAGGGUAACUAUAACCUCUCAGCAGGCUGACCAUUACACAGAUAUACAUCAGAUCACACAUAGCACUCAGAAUGAGUCUGCCUCCGGGAUAGAAGAGACUACAGACAUAACAAUGAAACCACUGAACACUACCCAGGCUUCCUCUACACUUUGUGAUGAGGGAGGUCAGCUGACCACUCCACAGAAAAACUGUGUCACUGAAUGGCAUGAUGUAACAGAUAGCAGUACCACUCUGGGCAGCCAUCCUGCUGAACAUAAUACAGAGAAGAUGGUGGAUUUUAAGCCUUCUGCCCAGCCAGGCAGGAGUGAAGAGACGAGAAACAAAGAAAAAUUCAAAUCUGACAGUUUAACUGUAGCAUGUUCCAAAGGGCAGAUGGAACCGUCUGAGAGUUCUGAGAUGAAACACAUCCGUAGUGAAGAACAACAUUCAACCAAGGAGUUCCAGCUAUCCCAGAGAGACCCGAGUCUAACCAGGACUGAGAACACAUGUCUUACUGCAGAGCUGGAGAAAGCUUCUGCUCCUAUCAACAGGCCAGAAGACACCAGUGGACAGGAGAGACAAGAUAGCAGAGGAGAGAGUUUGGCUGUAGAGCUGCAGUCUCUAAAACAGAAGAACGAACUGCUGAAACUGACACUUCCAGAUGUGGCAAACACAGACCGAGAAACUAGUUCUGUCAGUAACACAACACUACCAGCGACUUGUGAAGAACAGGCUGAAAGAAAAGCAAAGAGAAGGAAAAGAAAGAAGCAGAGAGGAGGACAGGAAGUUAUCUCCACCUCUGGAGAGCUAAAGCAAAUCAGUGACAUCAGUGACAUUAUCACCUCGGGACGUGAGGCCACACUGCAUGAUGGAGGGAAACCUGUAGAUGAGGAGAGAGGGGGAGUAGAGUCUGAAGGAGUGAAGGAGAUGGGGAGAGGGGGAAAGCUCUCGUCUAAGGAGUGA